CCGUCGCCUGCGCCGCGGGCCGGCGGCCGCGUCGGCUGAGCUCUGAGAUUCCCCAGUACAAUGACUCAAGCAGAAAUUAAGCUGUGUUCUUUGUUGCUGCAAGAACAUUUUGGAGAGAUUGUAGAGAAAAUUGGAGUCCACCUAAUCAGAACUGGCAGCCAGCCACUGAGAGUAAUUGCCCAUGACACAGGAACAUCCCUGGAUCAGGUGAAGAAAGCCCUUUGUGUCCUCAUCCAACAUAAUCUGGUGCUCUAUCAAGUGCACAAACGUGGCGUGGUAGAGUAUGAGGCCCAGUGCAGCCGGGUGCUGCGAAUGCUUCGGUACCCCCGGUACAUAUAUACUGCCAAGACACUGUACAGUGACACGGGGGAGCUGAUUGUUGAGGAGCUGCUCUUGAAUGGCAAGAUGACAAUGUCAGCUGUUGUGAAGAAAGUGGCAGACCGGCUCACAGAGACCAUGGAGGAUGGCAAAACCAUGGACUAUGCUGAGGUCUCAAACACAUUUGUGCGACUAGCAGACACACACUUUGUGCAGCGCUGCCCGCUGGUGCCUGCUACUGAGAAUGCAGACCCUGGGCCACCACCACCUGCCCCCACUCUUGUCACCAAUGAAAAGGAUAUGUACCUGGUUCCUAAACUAAGCUUAAUAGGGAAAGGUAAAAGGAGGAGAUCUUCUGACGAAGAUGCUGCUGGGGAGCCCAAGGCCAAGAGACCAAAACAUACUCCAGAUAACAAAGAGCCCAUUCCAGAUGAUGGGAUUUAUUGGCAGGCUAACCUUGACAGGUUCCACCAGCACUUCCGGGACCAAGCCAUUGUCAGCGCUGUUGCCAACAGGAUGGACCAGUUCACUUUUCAAACCCAGACCAGCAGCGAGAUUGUGCGAACAAUGCUCCGCAUGAGUGAGAUCACCACGCCCUCUAGUGCCCCCUUCACCCAGCCGCUGGCUUCCAAUGAGAUCUUCAGAUCCCUGCCUGUUGGCUAUAAUAUCUCUAAACAAAUCCUUGAUCAGUAUCUCACUCUGCUCGCAGAUGAUCCACUAGAGUUUGUUGGAAAGUCUGGCGACAGCGGUGGAGGAAUGUAUGUCAUCAACCUGCACAAAGCUUUAACGUCCCUAGCCACGGCCGCAUUGGAGUCUGUCGUACAGGAGAGAUUUGGGUCUCGCUGUGCCAGAAUAUUCCGUCUAGUUUUGCAAAAGAAGCACCUGGAGCAGAAACAGGUGGAAGACUUUGCAAUGAUUCCAGCAAAGGAGGCAAAGGAUAUGCUUUAUAAGAUGCUCUCAGAAAAUUUUAUAUCACUCCAGGAAAUUCCCAAAACACCAGACCAUGCCCCAUCCAGGACCUUCUAUUUAUAUACUGUGAACAUCUUGGCAGCUGCCCGCAUGUUGCUGCACAGGUGCUACAAGAGCAUAGCCAACUUGAUAGAAAGGAGACAAUUUGAAACCAAAGAGAACAAGCGUCUGCUAGAAAAGUCUCAGAGGGUAGAGGCCAUCAUCGCAUCUAUGCAGGCCACUGGUGCGGAAGAGGCACAGCUGCAAGAAAUAGAGGAGAUGAUCACAGCCCCUGAACGCCAGCAGCUAGAGACCCUGAAACGUAAUGUCAACAAGUUGGAUGCCAGUGAGAUCCAGGUGGAUGAAACCAUUUUCUUGCUGGAGUCUUACAUCGAGAGCACCAUAAAGAGGCUAUGACCCAGAAGAAUUUUCCUCAAAAGAUAUUGGGGGUGGGAGGGAAAAUAAAGGUGUUUGAAUGCAUUCCUUGUGGUGGGA